AUGGCAGUCUUUGGGGAUAAGUCAACUCUCAUUACGGCUUUGGAGCAGGGUGACUAUUCAGCAACGGGUCCAUAUGGUUCCAUUGAAUCAUGGAAUGUGCAGGCAGUGGAAAACUUUGAUGCUGCUGCAUUCAAUGUCCCACUGAACAACUGGGUUGUAUCAAGUGUGACUGACAUGAGCUAUUUGUUUGGGAACUCUGGGGAUGUAAGCAGCGUCACAAGUUUGGAAUAUACUUUCCGUAAUGCUGCUGCUUUUAACAGUGACAUCAGUUCGUGGGGCACUGCCUUUAAUGGCAAUCUCAAUUCAUGGGAUAUCAGCAGUGUUUCGAACUUGCAAGGCGCCUUCAAGGAGGCAACCUCUUUCAAUGGUGAUAUCAGAUCAUGGGACACGAGAAGUGUCACGUCCAUGUACCAAACAUUCAUGCUUGCAAAUUCUUUCAAUGGUGAUCUAAGUUCCUGGGGUGCAACCAUCUUCAAUGGUGAUAUUAGCACAUGGGACACUGGUAAUGUUUUAUACAUGAACAGUGUAUUUUUGGGGGCUACUGCCUUCAAUGUUGAUAUCUCCAGCUGGGAUGUUGCAGCUUCGGUCGAAUUCAAUCAGCUCUUCGAUGGAGCAUCUGCUUUAAACCAUGAUCUGUGCACCUGGGGUACCAAAAUUACUGGCACUCCUGAUGUAACAUCCAUGUUUCAGAAUACUUCAUGUCCUGAAGCAGCAACUGUUGUGGACUUGGGAGCAUCUCCAAAAGGCCCGUUCUGUCAUGUAUGUUCAUCACCCACCAAGGCACCCACUAAAGCCCCGAGCAUGGCACCCACAAAAGCUCCUACAAAAGCUCCAACAACAGCCCCUACUGAGGUUCCUACCAAAAUGCCAUCAUCCGUACCCUCUGCUGCUCCAACUCCCGUCUUUGGUGACAAGACCGCUUUAAUAGCAGCUCUGGAACAGGGUGACUACUCCCCCACAGGCCCUUAUGGUUCAAUUCUUACCUGGAAUGUGCAAGCAGUUGAUAACUUUGACUCUUUGAUAAGUGGUCUUACAAAUGUGGCUACUUUCAAUGGGGACGUGAGCAUGUGGGAUGUCAGUGGAGUGACUUCCAUGAUCGGUUUUCCUAAUGUGACUGACAUGAUGGAUUUGUUCAAAAGUUCUGGGUUCAAUUCUGAUCUAUCCAAUUGGGUUACAAGCAGCGUAACAUCAUUGGAGUCGACCUUCAGUAGCGCUGCAGCAUUCAAUGGUGAUAUCAGUUCUUGGGAUACAAGCAAGGUCACCACCAUCGCCGCAACAUUCUCGGGUGCCACUUCUUUCAAUGGGGAUAUUUCGACCUGGCAGACCCAGUCUGUGAAUGAGAUGUAUAGGGUAUUCUACGGUGCAACCAAGUUUGACGGCAAUUUGUCUGGCUGGCAAACUGGGUCUCUGACUGCACUGUUUCAAGCUUUCAUGGGUGCCACUAUGUUUUCUGGAACUGGCAUUGGAAACUGGGAUGUGUCAAAGGAUGUCUCAAAGGUUACGCAUAUGUUUUCAACAUUCAAAAACUCUGCCUUCAAUCGCGAUGUUUCAAGCUGGGACAUCUCUUCAGUAACGGAGAUUUAUGAAUUUUUGCAGGGAGCACCAUUCAAUCACGAAAUCUGUGCUUGGGGAAACAAAAUCCAAGGAACUGCAACUGUAACUAGCAUGUUUGUCUCAACAAACUGUCCUUCCAAAGACCACCCGGACCUUGGAGCCAGUCCAAAAGGCCCCUUCUGUCAUUCUUGUUCACCCACCAACAUGCCAUCAUAUGUACCCUCUGCUGCUCCAACUCCCGUCUUUGGUGACAAGACCGCUUUAAUAGCAGCUCUGGAACAGGGUGACUACUCCCCCACAGGCCCUUAUGGUUCAAUUCUUACCUGGAAUGUGCAAGCAGUUGAUAACUUUGACUCUUUGAUAAGUGGUCUUACAAAUGUGGCUACUUUCAAUGGGGACGUGAGCAUGUGGGAUGUCAGUGGAGUGACUUCCAUGAAUUCGGUUUUCCUAAAUGCAGCUGCCUUCAACGUGCCGCUGAACAACUGGGUUGUUUCCAGUGUGACUGACAUGAUGGAUUUGUUCAAAAGUUCUGGGUUCAAUUCUGAUCUAUCCAAUUGGUAA